AUAUAAAUUUGGUAAGGCGUACUAAACCCCCGAAAGUGUGUAACAAAAUUUUACGUUGCAUAUUUUCUCUAUCCCAUACCUUUGCUGUAGUCUCAAACAGCUCCUUUAGUAGGAGUAGUGGGGGAACGCUGUUUCUGAAUUAUUAAAGUGAGAAAAUUAAGUUAUGUAGACACCUCUAUGAUAACAUUACUCUGUCAAGGAGCUGUUCGAGACUGUAUGUGAGCAGUUCUAUGUAGCGUUCAAUCAAACCCGUAAAAGUUAAAUUAAAUCAAUUUUAUAUCUUAAUAAAAUUUUAUUAAUGAAAAACAAUGAGCGGUGGAGUUGUACCUAGCAGAUCAACAGUUUAUAUUUCAAAUUUACCUUUUUCCUUAACAAAUAAUGAUAUACAUCAACUUUUACAAAGUUAUGGCAAAAUUGUAAAAGUAACAGUAAUGAAAGAUAAAAUUACACGGCGAAGUCGUGGUGUUGCGUUUGUUUUGUUUCUUGCUCCAGAGGAUGCUGUUUCUUGUGCAAAAGGUUUAAACAACACAGAGAUAGGAGGUCGUACAAUUAAAAGUUCCAUAGCAGUUGACAAUGGACGCAGUACUGAAUUUAUCCGUCGAAGAGACUAUCCAGAUAAGUCCCAAUGUUAUGAAUGUGGUGAAGAGGGUCAUUUGUCAUAUAAUUGCAGAUAUAAUACACUAGGACCAAGAAACCCACCAGCAAAAAAAAUACGAAUUAGGAAGAAGCAAAGAACUAACAAUAGUCAACAUACAAAUGACAAUAAUAGAAAUAGUGAUAAUGAAGUAAUAGAAGAUAGUUGGGAUGAAGAAGUAGAAACAUUAAGUGCUGCUAUUGCAUUUGAACAAAAACAAAAAGAGUUAGAAAAUACCCAAAGAGUAGAAACUAAAGCGUAUGAUGGAGAAAACCGAUUAAAUCAGAAACCAGGAAAACGAUAUAAGAAAAAUCAAUACUUUAGUGAUGAGGAGGAUUUUAGUGAAUGAAAUACAUAUUAUAAGAAUUGAUAAAUAUGAUAUAAUAUCAUACAAUAUUGAUGUGGAUGAAUGUGAAUAAUAAGUGUAAUGUACUGUAAAUAUUUAAAUUUCUCACUUUGUAAAUUAUUACUUGUACGUACAUAAACUUUUAAAUGUA